UUGUAAUCUUUUAGUUGGGCUACACGUGCAAUGUGAACGGCAUUAAAAACUCGCAGUCAUGGAGGUUCCAAUGGCCGGAGGUUUGGCCGCUAAAAGAGGCGGUGGCCUACCCAAACUACGAGAACUUCUUCGGAGACAAAGGAGGGACUCAGAUAGCCAGAAUGACAGCCCAGAUCUUGACUUUGAGUAUGACGAUGCCAACAAGUACAAGCACGAGAUUGCAGAAUUGUAUAGUUACACAGAGGAACCUGAGUUUGCUCUUUGCCAGAAAUGCUUUGAAGAAGACUUCCACUCCUACAUCAAGGAGAAAUGGGCACAGCUCAGUCCCGAUCACCAACAGAUGCACGUCCUGCACCUUCUGAACAACGUGGAGAGUGCCAAGCGCGAGCAGAGGAUGAAAUCGGCAAGAGCAAUUCUGUACUUGGCCCAAGGUUGUUUCAGUGAGUGUUCUAGUGAAGAAGAACAGAGGAAACGAGCCCGGGAGAAUUGUUUCCUCCUGUACGAGUGUUCAGUCUUCAACACCUUUGUGGAGUUGCUCAGUAUGGAAGCUGAAAACUCUGUGGCAGCUUCGACGGCCCUCAGGAAGCCAGCAGUAUCAAUAAUUGACAGCACAGACCUAAGGGUUGCGUUGAGUGUGUUGUAUAUCAUGAUUGAGACACUAAGAAUGGAGUCAGACCAGGACACGGACAAACAGAAACAACAAAGGGAAAUCUUCAAGGCAGAAUUAGGUCAGCCAGUAUGCGGGGAUGACUCCCUAGCGAUCAUCCUCUUCAACAUGGUGACCAAAUUCUGCAGUGGCCACGCCCCUCAUUUCCCCAUCAAGAAAAUCUUGUUACUGCUGUGGAAAACAUUGCUGUUCUCCCUGGGCGGUUUCAGCGAGUACAAGCUGAUGAAGCAGAAGGCCCGUAAAGCGGUGGGCCUCGACCCAGUCAAGGAGGACACCAUCCAAGUCACCAAGACGAUGAGGGCAUCCUCCCCGCCCGCAUCCACAGGAGAUGGGCUGCAGGAGAGAAGGACCAGGGGCUCACUCCGUAGGGGACUGGUAAAACAGAACGGCAUUGAUGAGCCAAUGCCAGAAGACCCAGACCGGAGGGAGGAGGAGAGCAAGGAGGAACAGCUGAAUGGGGGGAGCGAGGAGGAAGAAGAGAACAGCAGCCAGCCCCCACCUCCCACACCCAGGGAGCACAGGGCAUUGCCGUGGACUCCGAAAGUCAGGCAAAAAGAUGUAGACAUUUUCUUGGAUCACACCAGGAGAAAGUUUGUAGGAUUCCAGGUGCAAAGUGAUCGCGAAACACUGGCUGGACUUCCUCAGCCCAUCCAUGAAGGCGUUCAUGUUCUAAAGAAGCACGUGUACGUGUCCCUGGCCGAGAUACAGAUAAAACAGGAGGAACAAAUCAACAAGAACCCCAUCUCCAAGGGAGAGGAGAAUAUCCCAGCGACACCAACGGAGCAUCUGUACCAAGCCAUGCUGCCUAAUCUACCACAGUAUAUGAUCUCCCUGCUGAAGAUUCUCCUCACUGCGGUACCGACGUCCAAGGCCAAGACAGACUCAAUCAACAUCCUUGCCGAUGUGCUUCCAGAAGAAAUGCCGAUCACCGUCUUACAGUCCAUGAAGCUCGGUAUGGACGUCAACCGACACAAGGAGAUCAUCGUCAAGGCCAUCUCGGCACUUUUACUGCUUCUACUGAAACAUUUCAAGCUCAACCACGUCUACCAGUUUGAGUUCAUGAGUCAACACCUGGUGUUUGCCAACUGCAUCCCGUUGGUCCUCAAGUUCUUCAAUCAGAACAUCAUGGCCUACAUCAGCACUAAAAACGGCAUCGGUGCCAUUGACUUUCCCUCCUGUGUGAUUGGCGACCAGCCUGAACUCACCGCAGAAAGCUUGGAGGCCGGUGACACCGUCCCGUAUUGCUGGCGGAAUCUCUUCUCCUGUAUCAACUUGUUGAGAAUACUCAACAAGCUCACUAAGUGGAAGCACUCGAGGACCAUGAUGUUGGUGGUCUUCAAGUCGGCCCCCAUCCUGAAGCGAGCCCUCAAGGUCAAGCAGGCCAUGAUGCAGGUCUACGUGCUGAAGCUGCUCAAGGUGCAGACCAAGUACCUGGGCAGGCAGUGGCGCAAGAGCAACAUGAAGACCAUGUCGGCCAUCUACCAGAAGGUGCGGCACCGGCUCAAUGAUGACUGGGCCUAUGGAAACGACAUGGAUGCCCGCCCUUGGGACUUCCAAGCGGAGGAGUGCGCCCUGCGUGCCUGUGUGGACCGUUUCAACACCCGACGCUACGACCAGAGCACGCCCAAGGACCCGGAGUACCAGCCCGUGGACAACAACCCGCAGAGCGUGCUAAGCCAGCAGAUGGAGCUGAGCGAGGAGUUUAAGCGGUUCUACGAGGCCUGGCUGGACCGCGAGGUCUUCACCACCCAGAUCAACUGGGACCUGCUGCUGAAGGACAAGAUCUGCACCUAGGGGCCCGAAGGAAGAGGGGGGGG